GGCCACCCUCUCCGCGUCGCGGAAGCCCGCGCGCGGCCGGCGGCGUCAGCACUCUGGACAGCGCCCCCGGGCCGGCUGGGGUCCCCUGCCAGCCCCUGCCUCGCGCUGCCCCGAAGCUCGCCCGCACGCCCCCCACCCACAAGCUCCGACUGGAGCUCGGGCGCGCUGUCUGUCUCGCACCCUCCCUCUCCCAUUUUUUCCCUCCGCCGCCCCCUCAUCCAUCCUGAUUGGACUCCUUCUCCUUCAAAAGCAGCCGGGUGCUCGGCGCUUUCCCAUACCCUGGCUGCGCGGACCCUUCGGUCUCCUUCCCUAUUUCGACCUCAGUUUUCAGAGAGUUGCCACGUCUCUAAACCCUGAUGCCAACACACACACGCACACACGCGCAGACACGCACGUUUCCUGUCCCAGUGUGACACCCACCCUCUGCCGCACGGCUGCGCGGGUCCCCGUGCGGUGCCCUCCUCCCGCCACACUCCACACGCGAGCGCGCGCGCGCAGGACCGAGCAGAGGGCAGCUCGCUGAUAGUCCGCACUCGGAGGCGACUUGCUCCAGGCUCACAGCGCAGAUGGCAACUCCGGGCUCCGGCUUUUGGUCCUUCGGGUCUGAAGAUGGCUCCGGGGAUCCCGAGAACCCCGGCACAGCGAGAGCCUGGUGUCAGGUGGCCCAGAAGUUCACGGGCGGCAUCGGAAACAAGCUGUGCGCCCUGCUCUACGGAGAUUCAGAGAAGCCGGCGGCGAGUAGCGGGAGCGAGCCCCCGCGGGCCACCUCCCGGAAGGCCACCUGCGCCUGUGACCAGAAGCCUUGCAGCUGCCCCAAAGCGGAUGUCAACUAUGCGUUUCUACACGCAACAGACCUGCUGCCAGCAAGUGAUGGAGAAAGGCCCACUCUGGCGUUUCUGCAAGAUGUUAUGGGCAUUUUGCUUCAGUAUGUGGUGAAAAGUUUCGACAGAUCAACCAAAGUGAUUGAUUUCCAUUACCCUAAUGAGCUCCUUCAAGAGUAUAACUGGGAAUUGGGAGACCAACCACAAAAUUUGGAGGAAAUUUUGAUGCAUUGCCAAACGACUCUAAAAUAUGCAAUUAAAACAGGGCAUCCCAGAUAUUUCAAUCAACUUUCCACGGGACUGGAUAUGGUUGGAUUAGCAGCAGACUGGCUGACAUCAACUGCAAACACUAAUAUGUUCACCUAUGAAAUUGCUCCAGUAUUUGUGCUCUUGGAAUAUGUCACACUAAAAAAAAUGAGAGAAAUCAUUGGCUGGCCUGGGGGCUCUGGUGAUGGGAUAUUUUCUCCUGGUGGAGCUAUUUCUAACAUGUACGCCAUGCUGAUCGCACGCUUUAAGAUGUUCCCAGAAGUCAAGGAGAAAGGAAUGGCUGCUGUUCCCAGGCUCAUUGCCUUCACAUCUGAACACAGUCAUUUUUCUCUGAAGAAGGGGGCUGCAGCUCUGGGGAUUGGAACAGACAGCGUGAUCCUGAUUAAAUGCGAUGAGAGAGGGAAAAUGAUCCCAGCUGAUCUUGAAAGAAGGAUCCUUGAAGCCAAACAAAAAGGAUUUGUUCCUUUCCUCGUGAGCGCCACAGCUGGGACCACCGUGUACGGAGCAUUUGACCCCCUCUUGGCGGUCGCUGACCUUUGCAAAAAGUACAAGAUCUGGAUGCAUGUGGAUGCAGCUUGGGGAGGGGGAUUACUGAUGUCCCGAAAACACAAGUGGAAACUGAGCGGUGUGGAAAGGGCCAACUCUGUGACAUGGAACCCACACAAGAUGAUGGGCGUCCCUUUACAGUGCUCCGCUCUCCUGGUUAGAGAAGAGGGGUUGAUGCAGAGUUGCAACCAGAUGCACGCUUCCUACCUCUUCCAGCAAGAUAAACACUACGACCUGUCCUAUGACACUGGAGACAAGGCCUUGCAGUGCGGACGCCAUGUCGAUGUUUUUAAAUUAUGGCUGAUGUGGAGGGCAAAGGGCACCACUGGGUUUGAAGCACAUAUUGAUAAGUGCUUGGAGCUGGCAGAAUAUCUAUACAACAUCAUAAAAAACCGUGAAGGAUAUGAAAUGGUGUUUGACGGAAAGCCUCAGCACACCAAUGUCUGCUUCUGGUACGUGCCUCCAAGUUUGCGUGUCCUGGAAGACAAUGAAGAGAGAAUGAGCCGCCUCUCAAAGGUGGCCCCAGUGAUUAAGGCCAGAAUGAUGGAGUAUGGGACCACAAUGGUCAGCUACCAGCCCUUGGGAGACAAGGUCAAUUUCUUCCGCAUGGUCAUCUCAAAUCCCGCAGCAACUCACCAAGACAUUGACUUCCUGAUUGAAGAAAUCGAACGCCUUGGACAAGAUUUAUAAUAAUGUAGCUCACUGAGCUAUUUAAGUUCCCUAGGUAGACAAGUAAGUUGUCACAAACUGUGUGAAUGUAUUUGUAGUUUGUUCCAAAGUAAACCUAUUUCUCUAUUGUGGUGUCAAUGUAGAGUACAGUUUAAAAAUCAAAAAACGAAAAAAAAAAAAACACACCAAAAAAACAUU